AUGGAACCUCCGAAAAACGGCCAGCUCGACUUUCCCUUCUAUGAAGCUCUCUAUAAAGAUCUCCACCAGAAUCCUGGCUUAUCGCUCCAGGAGGUGUACGCUUCAACAAAGGUAUCAGAAAAUCUCAAUCGGCUGAAUGAGAGCCUUCCUGCAGAUUCCAAAUUUGAUAUCCAUGAAGGAAUUGGCGGGUAUGGCAUCGCUGCCGUGCUGAAGAACGGUCCAGGGCCAAAAGUCCUCCUCCGCGCAGACAUGGAUGCUUUGCCCGUCCAAGAGAAGACGGGCCUUCCGUAUGCAAGUACCAAAAGGGAAGUUGACCGGUCAGAUGGGAUUGAAAAGCCCUUGAUGCAUGCUUGUGGUCAUGAUAUGCAUAUCACCUGUCUUCUGGCUGCCUCAGAUACCUUAGUUCAUAGACUCUGCGAGUGGUCGGGAACUUUGAUUCUGAUAUUCCAGCCGAAUGAGGAAAGAGGCGCAGGAGCCCAAGCAAUGGUCGACGGCGGCCUGUAUUCGAAGAUCCCUGAGCCAGAUGUAGUAUUGGGGCAACACGUCAUGCCCCGUAAAGCUGGUACCGUGACGGUGCGGACAGGGACGCAGAUGGCUGCUGCAGAUUCUUUCAAGAUCACGCUCUUUGGCCGAGGAGGUCACGGUAGUAUGCCGCACAACUGCAUCGAUCCAGUCUUGCUCGGAGCGAACGUAGUAACGAGACUACAUCAAGUUGUGGGUCGUGAGAUUGAUCCAAGUGAGCCCGCCGUGCUUACUGUGGGGAGUUUGCAGUCAGGCGAUACGGAAAAUGUGAUUAGCGAGUACGCCAUCAUACGAGCAAACGUGAGAAGCCAAAGCCCGCAAAAUAGGGAGAGGAUCUUGGCAGCGAUGACAAGAAUAGUAAAGGGAGAGUGUCAAGCUAGUGGCUGUACGAAAGACCCACUCAUUGAGGGGACGACAAGGUUUCCAAUGACCGUUAAUGACGCGGGCGCGACGGCGAAGGUGAAGGCGUCCUUCUCCAAGACAUUUGGUGAGAAGUUUGAGCCUGAAAGACCGGCAAUGAACGCAAGCGAGGACGUCUCGAUUCUUGCCACAAGUGUUGGCAAACCGAGUUGCUUCUGGUUCUUUGGUGGUACUGACCGCGAAAGGUAUGAUAGAGCAGAAAAAGAUGGUAGAACUGCGGAAGACAUACCAGUCAAUCAUUCCAGCUACUUUGCGCCUGUGAUACAGCCAACAUUAAAAACUGGAGCCGAAGCCCUUUGUUCUGGGGCUAUGACCUUCUUUGGAAAGGGAAAGCAAGCGGCAGAGUGCUGA